GGGCCGGGCGCGCCCAGGGCCGGAGCGCAGCGGCCGGAGUGGCCGCGGAGGCGACGCCGAGGCCGCGCGCGCGACGAGCAGGUGGCGGCGGCUGCAGGACGGCUGUUCUCAGUGAAGGACCCUGCGCCCGCUCCUGAGCAGCGGCCAUGGGCCUGCUCGCCUACCUGAAGACCCAGUUCGCGGUGCACCUGCUCAUCGGGUUCGUGUUCGUGGUCAGCGGGCUGGUCAUCAACUUCGUCCAGCUGUGCACGCUGCUCCUCUGGCCCGUCAACAAGCAGCUCUACCGCCGGCUCAACUGCCGCCUCGCCUACUCGCUGUGGAGCCAGCUGGUUAUGCUGCUGGAGUGGUGGUCCUGUACGGAAUGCACGCUGUUCACGGACCAGGCCACGGUCGACCGUUUCGGCAAGGAGCACGUGGUCAUCAUCCUCAACCACAACUUCGAAAUUGACUUCCUCUGCGGGUGGACCAUGUGUGAGCGCUUUGGCGUGCUGGGGAGUUCCAAAGUCCUCGCAAAGAGGGAGCUGCUUUACGUGCCGCUCAUCGGCUGGACGUGGUACUUCCUGGAGAUCGUGUUCUGCAAGCGGAAAUGGGAGGAGGACCGGGACACCGUCAUCGAGGGGCUGAAGCGCUUGUCCGACUACCCCGAGUACAUGUGGUUCCUCCUGUACUGCGAGGGCACACGCUUCACAGAGAAGAAGCACCGCGUCAGCAUGGAGGUGGCCCUGUCCAAGGGGCUCCCCGUCCUCAAGUACCACCUGCUGCCUCGCACCAAGGGCUUCACCACGGCGGUCCAGUGCCUGCGAGGGACAGUUGCAGCGGUCUACGACGUCACGCUGAACUUCCGAGGAAAUAAGAACCCGUCUUUGUUGGGAAUCCUCUACGGGAAGAAGUAUGAGGCCGACAUGUGUGUGAGGAGGUUUCCUCUGGAAGAGAUCCCACUGGAUGAGAAGGAAGCGGCCCAGUGGCUUCAUAAACUGUACCAGGAGAAGGACGCCUUGCAAGAGAUGUACAACCAGAAGGGCACGUUCCCAGGACAGCAGUUCAAGCCCCCGCGCCGGCCCUGGACACUCCUGAACUUCCUGUCCUGGGCCACCGUUCUCCUGUCUCCUCUCUUCAGCUGUGUCUUGGGCGUCUUUGCGAGUGGCUCGCCCCUCCUGAUCCUGACGUUCCUGGGGUUUGUCGGGGCAGCGUCCUUUGGAGUCCGCCGACUAAUAGGAGUAACUGAAAUAGAAAAAGGCUCUAGCUACGGAAACCAGGAAUUUAAGAAAAAGGAGUAAUUCCCGGCGGUGAUGGCGCACACGUAACCUGACGGUGGUGUCCAUUAACUCGAUUAGACACAGAACAACACACAGAGAUCGGAACAAAAGACCCUUAGAAACGAUUUUUCUUAAUAACUGGUGACUAAUAUUGACCAGGAAACCUUGAGCCAAGAGCAAAGUCGUCGGAGGCCCCUGCAGAGGAAGACUCCGGCCACACCCCUGCGAGGGGCCGAGUCCACCACGGAGCCUGGUGCAGGGGCCACGUGUGUGCGGGGGCGGGAGGGCAGCCACGCCCGGGUCACGGGUCCCACCCCGAUGUCAUCUCGAGAGAAUUCUGCUGCCAGAGGGGGCCUUUGGACGCUUUCUCUGCUUAAACUUAGAUCCCAUUUUUGUUUUGAUCGGUUAUUUCGGGAACCCACCCUGGCCCUUCGCCACCUCCCCUCCCCUCAGCGAACUUUCCCUGUCCUCCCGGGAUGGGGGACAUGGAGGUCCCAGGUCCCCGGAGUGCCCAGCACCUCUGCUCCCCACUCGCCCAUGAGCUGGGCGUGCAGAGCGCUCCGGGGGCCGAGCACACCGCGUGUCGGAUGGACGGGUAGCCCCAUUUCACGGUCAGACCCCUGCUUUCCCGUCUCCUCCCUAACCCUGUGCGUGGGUACCUUGCGUCUGUUUUUAUAGUUAAGGGGCCCCUUCCCCCGGUGGCUGGAACCCCCAUCCCUCUUUCCCCAUGCGGCCUCCACGGGGCUGCACCCCUGCACCCCACGGGGCCCUUGGAUGCUGGUGUAAAGGGCGGCCACCAGCAAGCCUCUUCUGGCUUCAGACUGCUCACUUGGAGCUCAUCAGCUUUGGGAGGUUUUAUCUUUACAGUUGGCCCAUCGGCGGCUUGGCUCCCCGAUGAGAAGCAGCCGUGGGGAGCCUCGCCCGCACUCUGCCUGCCUCCCUUCCCCAAGCAGGCCCCGGUCCCAGGGGUGGCCUGCUCCCAUGUGGCCGGCGUCACCCCGGGGGCUUGGGGGUACUGCUCACCCUCAGCUGCCCCACCCCCGCCAUGGGGUGUCUCCCCGUGACCUGUCGUGGGUCCGCGGCCCCAGGGAGCUGCGUGUUCCGCAGAUGGAGGCGUGGGGCUAGGGCUGCUGGGCUGGUGGGAGGAGGAGCGUGGGGGCCCCCAGCAGCCAGCUCCCCGGGGUCAGCUCAAGCAUCCUGCUGCCGCCCGCCCGGCCUGCACCGGACUUCCUUCCUAAACCUCAGGUGUGCGGUUUCCAAGUCACACUCCCUCGCCCUGUUUAGCAAGGGAAGGAGCACUAGCGGUGUUGGCUCUGGUGGCCUGGAACCAGCAUUCCCAAGAGAGGCAGGUGGAAUUUUCUAGAAGAGGAGGUGGAGGAAAGAGGCAUGGGAACGGUAGAAACAAAAAUUGGGCGAGUACUUAUGCAUCGGGCCAAAGUCUGUGUUUCUGGAGGGUUUCUGGAGACAGCACAUGCUCUCUAGGGGGACACUGUUGGAUUCUGGGUGGUUGCUGGGGUGAAGGGCGUGGUGGGGCUCAGCCCCCAUGAGGCAGAGGCAGGACAGCCCCCCUGUGUUCAAGCACAGCUCCCCUCCUUCCCAGCUGAGACCCCGCACUGCAGGGAGGGCCUGCCUUGGGCUGCUUGCCCUUCCGCAGCAGCCCAUCUGUGUGUGUCAGUAACUCCCCAGCCCCUGGGAUGUCCCGGAGCCCAGACGCGUCACCUGCAAGACGCAGAUUCAGAUCUCCCACCCGUUAACCCCUAGCUCGCGAUGCAUUCUCUGCCCCCGGGGUUGCGGCGCGCCUGGUGAGCCCGCCGGGGUCGCUGAGCGCGCUGUGCCGAGUCCCGCCAGCUCGGAGACCAGGGCCAGUGGGUGUGAGAUCUCAGCCCGAUUCCCUUCCCAUCUAACAGAUGAGCUUGCGCACUUAGUGCCAAGACCUCGAGAGCAAUAAAGUCUACACCAUGAAUGCUUGGGGGUUUUGUUUGUUUUCCGAGGGGGAUAGGUUGCUUUUCAUCCACCGCAGAAGGGAAAGGGAGAGGGGAACUCCUUUAAUUUUUUAAAAUCAAUCAGAAUAGUGCUUUUCUUUCCUCCUCAUGCCCCACAACUGAGCCUUCUCUGUUGCUGAUGUCAGUGUCCAAAUUAAGGCCGAGUGCUUGGACCGUGCGGGCUGGCCAUGGUUGGGGUGCACUCGGGCACCGGGUCCUGGCAUCCCCUGCCGGCACCCCAUAGGCUGAGCUUGGAGCCUGGGGGCUGCUGGUGGCUCAUCUCUUGGCUCAGAGCCAUGCUGGGCCCCCAGGCACCUCCCACGCGUGCACCCCGGACCUCCCAGCCAGUACAGUUCAGGUCGUCACUACCCCUGGGAGGGAGGGCCCCGGCCUGUGUGUGUCCCUCUGGGGAGUUCCAGGGGCUUCAAAGCUGCCUGUGGCUGCUACCAGCACUUGGGGACUCCGAGAGAGCAGUGUAAGUGACCGUCCCCACUGCCGGUGGGCCAGGAGGUGCUGGGGAAGGGCUUAGCCGGUCAGAAAGUAUGUCCUCGUUUGCAGUUCAUCCAAAGCAAGAAGUGACCCUGGCCAUCCGGUGCUUGGUGGCAGUGCAGCUCUCCUUGAGGUGUCCCCACAGUCCCUGUCCUCGAGAAGCACAGAGUCUAGCGGAAGAGAGGCGUUCUGAAUGUACAAACCACAAACAGCAACAUAAACCAACAAUGUAAACUACACUUAGUUGUAAACAACGCACGUGCGGGCCCCGAUCCACCCACAGUCUCCCCUCGUCUGUCCCUCCUACGCCCCCUCCAAGGCACGGGAACCUUUCCUUCCCCGCGUUUAGUUAGCGUCACCGUUGAGCUGAGCCAAGAGUGGGGGGCGCGUUCGGGGCGAUCUCGGGGCCCUCACACUCCAUGUCGCUUCCUCCGCUGGGCACUGACAGGACAAGCCACGCAGAAUCUUUCCAGCUCCUCUUCAGCCGGGCUGUCCGACCGUGUGCAUCAGCUCACGCUUCCAAGUUCUCAGUGACCCCUGCAUGCAGCGCUCGGUGUCCCGUGGCAUCCCGUGGCUUCUAACACUCCCCCAGUCUAACCAGGCUUGGGGGGACAGCAGUGGCCCUGGCGUGCUGGCCCGUUUCCUCUCUGGACACGGCGUGUCCGUGGCCCAGGUGCCCACUCCUGUCUCCAGCGAGUGAGCUCCUGCUGGAAAGUGAGCCUUUGUGAGCGCCCGGGGCCUCGGGGUGGGUUCCACACCCUCGUCUGUCAGGGCCGGGACACCCCAGUGCAAGGAAGGGGUGAGGGUAGAAGAUGGCACGCUGUGUUCUGCUUGGCCGAGGGGUGGACACACAUGAACUCAGUCUUAACAUGAGCAUUUGCUGCCGUCCAAUUCCGUGAAAUUGGUGGCAUCCCCAUGAGCUGCGCGGGGACAUUAACGACAAGAGGACUUUUAGGGGACCUAGGAGAUGGCCAGAGAAGUGGACACCAGCCAGCCCCGUCAGCAGCCAAAUAUUCUUUUCAAAGACAAUGGCAUUGCUUAACAUUUUUAAGCUCUGUAAUGACACGUCCUCCUGGAGUUUUCUUUUCUCAUCAACUUUUUAGUUUCUUAACUUCCUGUUUCAAAAGUGACGGGACAGACGUCGAAUGAUAAGGCCCUGAAAUGCACUAAGCCGUGUUAAGUUAAACUGAGCUACUUGAGGCCACGAAGAAAUGCCUCUGGUCUGCCUGUAUGUAUUGUCUCAGACCCGUGAGAUUCGUACGUUGUGACAAUCAAAUGUGACUCACCUAGAUGCUGGGAAAUGCCACUGGCUUCUGAGCCACAGAGACGGUCGCCAAGUACUGUAACUGUGAAUGAGCCUCUCUCUUUGGAAAACCACACGGACCCCCAGCUCGGUGCGUGUGAUGGACGUCGGGGCUCUUUUCCGGAACUGGCGGAUGGGUCCUGCCUGCCUGUUGGCCAGUUUCAAAGAGUGAUGAAUUCUCUACAGGGUGCAAAUGUAUUAUAUGGGUGUUUCCUUUUGUACACUUCAUUUUUACAAGUUUUGCUACUCACAAGCUUUAUGUAGUCCAGGAUAGAGGUAUUUUUGGCCUAUGGGAGCCUGUGGGGGUGGGGUGGGGAUGGGCAAGCUACCUGAGACUUUACCAGUCUGCAUCCUGAACAACCGGCUGUGUCUGCCACACACUGUGGCGAUCGCUUUGUACGUGGGCGUGUCUGCACCUGCCCUGACGGUGGUACUUUCUAGAUAAAAUGCUGCAGGCACCA